AUGGAGCAAAAAUCAGCAUUUAGGGACAAAAAUGGUUGCAAACCCCCUCAGCCUUUUGUGUUCAAUCCCCUAUCUCGAACUGGAAGCAAAGACCUAAUUGAUGAUGAUUCAAAUGAAUGGAAUGAAGGGCUAAUCAGGUCAGUAUUCAACAAACAAGAAGUUGAUCAUAUAUGCAGUGAUGAGACAGCUAUGCAUGUUCUUUGGCAUUGCCCUGCUACUAGAGAUGUGUGGGUUGAGUCUCAUAGAGCAAUUCAGAAGUGGAGUGUUAAUGAAGUUGAUCUGCUAAAGCUAUGGGAGGAUUUGUCAGGGAAGUUUAAUAAGAAUGAGUUAGAGGAAGUUGCAGUCAUCAUGAGGGAUGUAUGGUUGCAAAGGAACAUAUUCAUUUUUGAAAAUAAAUUCUCUAGUCCAAGUAGUGUCAUCAGAACUGCCAAAGAAUUACGGGAAGAAUUCCAUUCAGUAAAGGAGGGGACAAAAGAUUCAAGUAUGCCUAACAAUCGAAGUUCAACUAAAAAUUUCCAGAAAUGGUUACCACCAGGAGAAAAUAGUUUCAAAACUAAUUGGGAUGUAGCUUGUGAUAUCAAGCAUAGGCAACUGGGGAUAGAAGUCUUCAUCAGAGAUGAAAAGGGGGAAGUCAUAGUAGCUUAUUGUGGAGCAAGAGGUUAUGUGGAUCAACCAGUAAUAGCAGAGGGACUUGCACUCAGAAAAGCCAUAGAACCAUGCAGUGACUUGGGACUCAAUAGAGUGACAUUUGAAGGGGAUGCUCAGAACAUUGUUAAAGCCAUAUAUAAUCUAGAUGAAGAUUUGUGUUGCUAUGGAAGCAUCAUUGAAAACUCAAAGUCAUUUUUAUUCACUUGGUCCAAGUGGACAGUUCAAUAUACAUGCAGAAAUACAAACACGGUAGCACACAUUUUGGCCAAGGCAUCUAUACAUUCAAAUGUAGAGAGAGUGUAUGGAUAG